AUGUCGGCGAAAUCUCCGUGUUUAGAGAUAUUACCCUUUUUAUUUAGGGAAGAACAAAUUACUAAUAGAAUUCAAACGUUCCCAACAGAAACGAUGAAAAAGGCGUAUUUAGAAUUAAAGGGAUACUUUGAACAAUACAAGAUAUAUGCUGAGAAAUUGAUUAAUUUCAAUGGAUCUAUGAACGACGAAAACCAGAGAAAAGAAAAACUAACUAUUAAAUUAAGAUGUGAAUAUUAUGCUGUCUUAUUUUCCCAAUCAUCUAAGCUUUUAAAUGAAUACAUAAAUUUCCGAAAUAGGCUAAUAUUAGAAUUAGCCAUAAACGUGAAUGGAUUAAUUAGUUCUAUACAUCCAAAUAUAAUUCAAAGGCUUAAUGAGGAUGAAAAAAAAGAGUUACAAAGAUAUUGUGAAAACAUCAGAAAUGAGAGAACUAAAUCAAAACUGCAGAAUAAACAUAUAGUUGGUUUAUUGAAUGAUUUAAUUAUAGAAGAUUUAAAUUAUGAUGGGGUAGAAGACGAUAAAAGAGGUCGAAGCGUUUUUUAUGCAGCUGGAAUGAAAGUCAGUGUUUUUGAGGAUAAAGCUGUAGAUCUACAAAAGUGUGAAUGGGCAAAAAUUUUAAAAGACUAA